AGUUCAUAUAAGAACGAGAGGAAAUCGAACUAUAGCACUGGUUUUGCAGCACACGCCUGAACGCCGCGGGUGAACGUUACCGGAGGCAAAGGCAUCGAAGUCUUGGUACUUCUACUACAAAGUAGACGUUCAAGAUGAAAUCUCGCACAUACAUCGCAGUACUCUUCUGUGUCGCAUUGGAGUGCGUAUGUGCCGUCAACGAGAUCUCAUGGCCCAACGAAAACUGCGAGCUCGAACCAGACCCAGGAAUCUGCAGGGGAAUGCUCAAGAAGUGGUUUUACAACUCCACAUCUUUUCGGUGUGAAACGUUUUACUACGGAGGUUGCCUUGGAAAUGAGAACAAGUUUGACACCAUAAUUGAGUGCAACAAGAAGUGCAGAGAUCCCGUUCUCGGAGUGUGUGCUUUGCCCGAACCUAAACAAAUUUGCCGCGCAGCAUUUAGGGCCUACAGGUUCAAUCCCCUGAAGCAAAGAUGCGAAUCCUAUACCUACUGCGAGAAGAAUGCAAAUCACUUCGCAAGAGCAGAAGAGUGCGAACAACAAUGUGGAAAAUUUGCACAGGAGCCAUGCUUUCUGCCGAAACACCCGGGUCGUAACUGCACCACACGGCCUCAAAUGCAAAAUUACUGGUUCAACAGUAAAACAAGAGCAUGUGAACUUUUUGACUACGAAGGAUGUGGAGGAAACGGAAAUAACUUCAUCGAAGAAUCAGAGUGCUGGAGAACAUGUGGCAAAUAUGCAGCGAGCAACUGUGUCUAUCCCAUAAAAUCUGGAUACACCUGCCCGAACGGGUCGAAGGAGGUUGUUUUCGGAUACAACACCCAAACCAAGAGAUGCGAGAGAUUCGUUUACUCCGGCUGCGGCGGCUACCCAAACAAGUUUCAGAGCGCCAGCGAGUGUUGGAAGACUUGUGGAUUGAAAUCUGGCAGCAAAUGCAUGGAACCAGGACCUAAAAACCACCUCGGACUGCUGAAGAAAUAUUACUAUGAUAUACAAAGCGACACCUGUAAGACUUCCAGGUACUCCCCAUUCUCAAGCAAAAAGAACCGGUUUGACACGUUGGUAGAAUGCGAGGAGAAUUGCAAAGGUAACUACACGUACUUGCGCCAAACUAUAUGAGAUCUGUUACUCAAGUACAUAAUGACGACAUAACUUGAUGUGGACGCAAGACUCUACACUUCCAUGAUUUAUGGCAACGCACAACAGGCGAUGUUUUCGAAGAGAUUCUUGCUCAUAACAAGGACAUCGAAAUUCGCCUCUUCCACUACUCUGAGCGGGGUUCCAACUGCUUCCAGCGGCGAAUCGCCAUUUAAUAAAGGAUUUAGUUUUCUUUCAAA